GCUUUGCUGGACGCAUGACCACGGAUAAUAGAACGGUUUAUUCCAUCGUCUCCCGUCGGAAGCUGUCUUCCAUGUGAAAUUCUCUUCCCGUGUGUCGUUUCGCGGUCCACGCAGCAGUAUCCCGUUUUCCCCGAAAGCAAAAGCAAUCAAUCGAAGGUGCGUGCAAGAUAUUUUAUCCGUAGCUAUUGGUAACUGCUGCUUCUGUAGGCUCGCCCCCAAUCGGUAGAACACCGUUUUGCAGAAGGUUUAGUGCGUAGUUUCACUAUACCGCGUGUGAGCGUGUCACGACCCGGCUAAUUCCGGUUCCUGUUGUGUGUGGCAUUAGUUCUAGCGGUCAGCAAGGAGGAUUGCGGAUACGCAGUAGUGUUCCUCGCAGGCAAAUAGCAAAUAGAAACAGGCGACAAUGACCACCGGAGCUAAGACGGAAUCGUCGGACGUGGAGGUGCCCGACCUGGUCGAUGCGCCCGGCUAUCUGGACCCAUUUUCGCGCCGCUACAUGAUGAAACAGUUCAUCGCGGCGUUGCCGGAGACGGCCCAGCAGCGGGUGAACGCGCUCAAGCAUCUGCAGGUCGAGUACACCAAGCUGGAGGCCAAGUUCUUCGAGGAGGUGUACCAGCUGGAAUGUAAAUAUCAGCAGCUUUACCAGCCGAUCGUCGACCGGCGAAAGGAGAUCGUGACCGGCAAGGCGGACCCGACGCCGGAGGAAGCGGUCUGGGAGGAGCCACAGAACAAGGAGGAUGGCGAGGAGGAGGAGGAGCAGGACGAGGAUGACGAGAUCAACGAGAAGUUGAAGAAGAUGGCGCUAAAUUACCACAAGGAACUACCCACGAACGGACAAGGCAUCCCGAACUUUUGGCUGAUGGUGUUCAAGAACACGGAAGCGCUGGCCGAGCUGGUGCUACCGCACGACGAGCCGGUGCUCGAGUAUCUGCGCAACCUGAACAUUGUGUACGAGAAGGACCCGAUGUCGUACGUGAUCGAGUUCCAUUUCGAUACGAACCCGUACUUCAAGGACACCGUGCUGACGAAGAAGUACUUCCUGCGCUGCAACAUCGACAAGGACGAACCGUUCGGCUUUGAGGGGCCAGAAAUUUACAAGUGUACCGGCUGCCCGAUCAACUGGAACCCGGGCAAGAACGUGACGGUAAAGACGAUCAAAAAGCAGCAGAAGCACAAACAGCGCAACGCGACGCGCAUGGUCACGAAGACCAUGUCGACCGAAUCGUUCUUCAACUUCUUCUCGCCACCGCGCGUCCAGGAGGAUGACACGCUGGACCCAGAAACGCAGUUCCUGAUCGGGCGUGACUUCGAGGUGGGUCACUUCCUGCGGGCACGCAUCAUCCCGAAGGCCGUCCUGUAUUACACCGGUGAGGUGAUCGAUGAGGACGACGACGACGAUGAUGACGAGGAGGAGGAGGAGGAAGAGGACGAGGAGAUGGAAGAUGAGGAUGCGGAGGAGGAGGAGGACGAGGAUGACGAGGAGGAGGAGGAGAGUGCACCGAAGCCACCGGCAGCCGCCAGUAAUCGGGCGAAGAAGUCGAAAGGUGGCCGUGGGGGUGGUGGUGCAGGUGGAGCGAAGAAGACCGGUGAGCAGCCGCCCGAAUGUAAUCAGCAGUAGAGCGCGCGGGACAGGACGUGUUUACGGUCAAUUCAUGGGUAGGGAUACAAGAACUGCACGUGUUUUAGUCUCUAUCAUUUAAAGCUACUCCUCUACGUACGUAUCAUCGCUUUUCCUUUUGUUUGUUCGUCGUCCUUUAAGCGUUUUGCAUCCGGAGAAUCUUAGAUGGCCGGAUGGGUUUUCAUUGACGGUUAUGUUGUGGGGUGGGCGGUAAUGUUAUGGAACAUGCCAUCGGUAGCAAAAACAUUUAUUGAAACAUCAUUAAACAAGCAGGGAAUCGGAAGGCCAAGUCUUCGCAGAAUGUGUUCAGUUGUACUGACAGAAAAGGAACAGGUAGAAAAGAAACUAAAGCAGCGCUUAAGAGGAGGGAGCACACAUACACACACAAACAAGCCUGGUUUUCGGAGGACGCAGGAAGAGAUCGAGGAGCGAAACAUACUUUCCCUUAUAAUUCUAUUAUUGUUUGUGCUGCGCCGAGUUCGAAAAAAAGAAUCUUCCGUAUUCCUGAUAUCGAAAUACUCUAGCAUUGCUAAGUAUCAUUGGACGUUAAGUUGUCUUAUAUACCCUGCCGCUACGCUAUAUUAGCUACGCAUUCUAAUACAAACAUACACAAACGCCAACAGAAAACCAACCGACAUAAAAGGUGGCUCUAGUAGUCGAAAGUCUUGCGUUCUGCAAAAAUCGAGUCCGGCCGCUACAGAAUUUCUCAGGAUCAGGAUCGCAAGAGCUGUUAGGAAAACAUUUGCGCUUUGCCUUGGUAUGGAUGCAGAGUUGACGGAACGGUUCUUGUCGCAGCGUUUAGCGCACACCACGGCUCACGCAUUUCGUUUCUCCAAUUCCAGUAACAGCAACUUUCGUCGUCUGCUUUCCAUUAUAAUAAAAAUCGACACACAAAACACCGACAAGCGCGAAGAAACAAACAGAAAACACACCCUAUUAUACAUUAAUAAAAAAGAAACAAACUUAUGUAUUUAUGUUAUCAGGAUACAACACACGUAAACUAUAUUUCUAUACAACAACACAAUGGCGUGUGUUUUUUUAUCUGAAUUUUGUACUAAGUUGUACUAGGCUGAAGUGAACGAUCAUUCUCUUAAUUGUUUCUGAAAAGAAAAAAGCUAUCGAUAGGUAACGAAUUUCGUCAGGAGAAAGUGGCGAAUGGUGAAGUUAUAACUACUUUCGACAUUUUUCUCUACCAAUUUUAACGGGUGGGAUUUUUGUAGCAAAAAAUCCGGAUCCAUGUAUAACCCGCGGGAAGGCAACACAUUGAGUUAAUUGUUCUUCGCCCCCUAAGCUUUUGUGGUAUAUUGUUGUGAAGAAGCUGAACGUAAAUUUCUAGCGUAAAGAAAGCGUAUUAUUGAAAUGAAUAAAGUGUGCGGUGGAAGUAACAACGUA